UGCGUCACUCCGUCGCCGGUAAGCGUUGACGUGGCUGCUGCUGCUGGGGAAGCUCUUCCCGGUUGUUGUGCCAAGCUCCUCCGGGCUCUUCCAUUCACUGGAGAUACCUGUGCCACAAAGAAAAACUAACCUGUGCAAACUGCGAGUGUCGAGCAGUUUGUCGUUUUGUGUGUCGUUUAAAGAGGUAGCUGGUUGAAUUGGACGCUGACUCCUGCAAGCUAUGGAGACGUAUGGCAACUCACACAAGAAACAGAAGAUAGGCAACGCUGCCGAGAACUGGGGGAUGCAACGUGCAACUAAUGUCACCUAUCAAGCCCAUCAUGUCAGUCGAAACAAGCGUGGGCAGGUUGUGGGCACAAGAGGAGGGUUCAGAGGAUGCACCGUUUGGCUGAGUGGUUUGUCCGGUGCAGGGAAGACUACAGUUAGCAUGGCUCUGGAGGAGUACCUAGUGUGUCACGGUAUCCCCUGUUACACACUGGAUGGGGACAAUAUCCGUCAGGGGCUGAACAAAAACCUAGGCUUCAGCCCAGAGGACCGUGAAGAGAACAUAAGACGCAUUGCUGAGGUGGCCCGGCUUUUUGCUGAUGCUGGGCUGGUCUGCAUCGCCAGCUUCAUCUCUCCCUACAGCAGGGAUCGCCUCAAUGCCAGGAAGAUCCAUGAGGCAGCAGGGCUGCCUUUCUUUGAGGUGUUUGUGGACGCUCCACUGGAUGUCUGUGAGCAGAGGGACGUGAAGGGGCUGUACAAGAGAGCCAGAGCGGGGGAGAUAAGAGGUUUCACUGGAAUUGACUCAGAGUACGAGAAGCCAGAGGCCCCAGAGCUGGUGCUGAAGACCGACUCCUGUAGUGUGAAUGAGUGCAUACAGCAGCUCAUUGACCUGCUUCAAGAGAGGGAUAUAGUUCCUGUUGAUGCAUCUUAUGAAGUGAAAGAGCUGUACGUUCAGGAGAAUAAACUGGACCUGGCUAAGGCUGAUGCAGAUACUCUGCCUGCUGUGCAGAUUGGCAAGGUGGACAUGCAGUGGGUGCAGGUGCUGGCUGAAGGCUGGGCCACUCCUCUGAAUGGCUUUAUGAGAGAGAGAGAGUAUUUGCAGUGUCUUCAUUUUGACUGCCUUCUGGAUGGUGGCGUUAUCAACCUAUCAGUGCCUGUGGUGCUGCCGGUCUCUACGGCAGAUAAAGAGCGUUUAGAUGGCGUGACAGCUAUGGCCUUGGUCUACGAGGGCAGACGAGUUGCCAUUCUUCGCAACCCUGAGUUUUAUGAACAUCGCAAAGAAGAGCGAUGUGCUCGCCAGUGGGGCACCACCUGCAAGGACCACCCCUACAUCAAGAUGGUGAUGGAAAGUGGGGACUGGCUGGUCGGAGGAGACCUGCAGGUUCUGGACAGGAUCUACUGGAACGACGAUCUCGAUCAGUACCGACUGACACCCACUGAGCUCAAGCAGAAGUUUAAAGAAAUGAAUGCAGAUGCUGUAUUUGCCUUUCAGCUUCGCAACCCAGUCCACAACGGCCAUGCUCUUUUGAUGCAGGACACCCACAAGCGCCUUAUUGAGCGAGGCUACCGCCGGCCUGUUCUGCUGCUCCACCCACUGGGAGGUUGGACCAAGGACGAUGAUGUGCCGCUGCCCUGGCGAAUGAAGCAGCAUGCCGCUGUGCUGGAGGAGGGCGUCCUGAAUCCAGACUCGACCAUUGUGGCUAUUUUUCCUUCACCCAUGAUGUAUGCUGGGCCAACUGAGGUUCAGUGGCAUUGCAGAGCUCGAAUGGUGGCUGGAGCCAAUUUCUACAUUGUGGGCCGUGACCCUGCAGGCAUGCCCCACCCUGACACAGGAAAGGACCUAUACGAGCCCACUCAUGGCGCCAAGGUCCUCACUAUGGCUCCAGGCCUCAUCACCCUGGAGAUUGUACCCUUUAAGGUUGCCGCUUACAACAAGGUCAAAAAAGCGAUGGACUUUUAUGACCCCAAAAAUCAUCAAGAUUUCGAUUUCAUCUCAGGCACACGCAUGCGUAAGAUGGCUCGCGAGGGAGAAAAUCCUCCUGGCGGCUUCAUGGCCCCAAAGGCCUGGGCUGUGCUGAAGGAAUACUAUAAGUCACUGGAGAAGGCUUAAAGGCAGAGUCUCAGAUGAAACAAACAUAGAAAACACAGUGAUGUUUAACAGGAUAAAUAUGGGGACCACUCAUCUACUGUCAAAAACCAAGCUUUGGCUUCUGUCUGUGUCACUUUCACACUCGACUGUCAUGAAACUGAUCUCUGAAAUCUUUUACAUGUACUUUAUUUAACAAACUCACUCUGAUUGUGAAAUAAAGUAGAGGUCAGUAUAUUGAUGAAUGGUUUUUUCAAGAGAACAAACAAAAGCUUUCUUUAAAAUAGAUGUUUGUGUUUCUCACUAACUUUAUAACUGUUGAUGAUUGGUUACAAAAGUGUUAAAAAUUCAAAUUUCAAGACUCAUAAUGACCAGUAUGGAAAGUACUGUUGACCAGUACUUUAAUUGGUGGGGAUGAGUGUUGAGUAGUCAUGAUAUCCAAAUUAACUGCACUUGAUAGAGUUUACCUAACUCACUACUGAAAACCACAAGUUACUUUGUACUGUAUGUUUGCAAGUGGCAAAAUUUGGUGUACGUAUUUCAUGUGAAAGGCUAGUGACUUGGUCUUAAGAAAGUGAAUUCAGAUGUCGUGUUUGAAUAGCGCACAGCCACACACCACACCACACACACAACACACACAUCACACACACACACACACACACACACACCACACACACCCUGAUUCGUCACACGCACACCGCAGGGCACACACACCCACGACACACUCUCCUAAAUGAGACCUAUUAUACUUUCCUACAUUUUCUUUUGUAUCUAUAAUGUUACCGUUCCGGUUGUUCAUAUUAAACGUGGCCAAAGCUUCAAAUAAUGACGUAAGCAUAUUUUUAAAAGCCUGAUUUCACACUGGUCUAUACAUUGUCAGCUUCAGGCACGCUACUGCAGUGUUUGCAUUAUAUGCACUGCUACAUUCUAACUCCAGGGAAACCUGUAAUCCUGGUUGCAGAUGUUACUUUCUCCUCAAUUUUGGACCACAUUACUGCUCAAACAUGUCCAGUUGCGUAGUUUUUGGUUUAGAAGCCUUUAUCUGUGUUUUUUGACGAUAGAAAGUCCUGCUAUACUCAGUUACAAUGGACCGCUAACUACAUGCAGCUACAUGCUAACGCCAGGGAAAGCUGUAAUCUUGGCUGCCGAUGUCAAUUUCUCCAUAAAAUUAGAUCACAAGUCUAGUUGUGCAGUAUUUGGUUUUGAAGCCUUUUUUUGUGAUUUUUCACAGUAUAAAGUCCUUCUAUAUACUACAGAGACAACGAGAGCAGAGUACAGAUGCAAAGACCCUGAAACACUGGCCAAUCAGAGCAGAUUUGGCUUUUUCAGUAGGGGGACUUAAAGAGACAGGUGCUCUAACAGAGCGUCUUAGACAGGGUGCAACAGCAUGGGAAAAAUAGUGUAAACAUUAAAGCUUUUAAAUAUGUUGUUGUAGAAUCAAAACAUACACGUAUGACCUUGAAAAUUGAAUAUAAUAGGUCUCCUUUAAAGAUAUUUUUAAUGGGAAAUGCGCCUAACCUUUCUAAACCAACCUUCCUAAAAAAAACUUUUAUUUGUCAUAUUUAGUCUAUUUAUUCUGUCCUAACAUUACAACUUCUAUUUUUAACUGGUGUGCAUGUAGUUUUGGUGUUUUAAACUUGUCCCUCAACAGUCCUGAUAUUUUUGUUACAUUUUCAUCAUUUUUCUGCCAUUGAUUGCUAAUAUUUUCCAUGUGGUAAUUCAUUUUUAAGAGUUGGUCUGUAUAAUCAGAUGGUUGAUGGUUACCAUUAAGGGAUCAGAUUUGUAAUCUUCCUUGUUUAAUAAACCAUUUUUAGCAAAAGAA